AUGCAGACAGAUCUUGAUCGGAUUCAAGCGGAGGGUCCCGCGAAGAUCAGCCGUCUUCAAACAGAGCUUGCGGCGCUUCAAAAGUGCCUCGAUGCUGCGAACGAAGAGAAGAAAAGGAGAGAGGGGGAGCUUAAGAGCAAGCGCGCGGCGCUUCGCAACGUUGUUGCACAAAGAGACGGCCUUCGAGCGGGCACUAGCAAGCUUCAAGAAAGGGUCGCCGCCGAGAAGCGGAAGCGGGCUGACAUCAGCAAGGAAGUGUCCCUGCUCCAGAGCGAAUUGGAGCGCGCGCGUAAGGCGGUGCGAGACCUAGAGAACGCCACGGCAGCGCGCGCGCGCGAGAGCGACCGCUUUUACUACGUCCUCGCCUUUAACGGGCAGGUCGGUUCCAUUCCGCGCAGCGUCCUGGCAUCAGCCCCAGAGUCUGUUCUGUACAAAAUGUACUGCGGCGCUUGGGACUAUGCGCGAGACGAAGACGGUCGCGCAAUCGUCACGUGCCACCCGGACCGAUGGGCCGCAAUUCUGGAGCACCUGGCGACUGGAGCGGUUCCCUUGCAGCGGGACUCGCAGCUGUUGGAACAGGCGCGGUUCUGGAAUCUGCGGAGACUCGUGGCACGCUUGGAAGCACUCACUCCAGGAGUAACCGUCAGAAAUGACCGGGACGAAAUGGGUUUCAAGGCCCGGCUUACGUUUGUUGACGUCACGAGCGAAUACGACAAGUAUGGCGCAGAGCUAAGUCUCACCUAUGCGACGCCCGGAAAGCGCUGGUGGAAGGUGAAGGUGGACAAAGAUGGCGUCUUCCAGUACCCGUUGUGGACGCCGGAUACAAAGCUCCGAAAAGUAACAGUCAGAAGCAAGUUCGGACUGCUGUUGCACGGUCGAAGGUUGUUCGCUGAUUGGGAAACGCAGGAGUUUUCUGAGGGUAAGGUUGAAAAGGGGUGGGGUCACAGAUGGUCUGAUUUAGGCUACAGCAUCCAUCAGCUGGAUCCGAAGGCGGGCCCAGGAGGCAUCACAACUCCAUUUCCCGCCUGCAACCCGCCCUGA